AUGACAACUACUACCCCUACAAUACCAGCUCUUACAACGGUGUUUACGCCUGCGGCCUCCUGUCUCACAGAUAUCUACAACCUCACCACCACAAUUGACGAAACACCCUGGAACUACAUUCAACUCGGUCCAACACCAACAUCAAACAAUGACUGCUAUCCACCACAAUUCACACCGGCGACUACGGCGUACUAUUCGCCGGGGAUAUGUCCAUCGGGAUAUAUCAUGGCGUGCUCGAAUAUAGUCAGCAUCAAUUCUGUGUCGGAGACGAGAGCGACGUGCUGUCCGAGUCAAUAUACAUGCCAAAACGAAAAUGCCGCUGGCUGGCCGUGGUAUCCGACUGAGCUCUGCACCUAUGGCGGUACAGCGACGGGCACGUAUCUGGUCACUGCACCGUCUUCAACUGCUACGUAUAUUGGCGGACCGAAAUUCAAUGCAUACGGAAUUUCGAUUCGAUGGCAGCUGGAUGAUGUGGUUACUCAAACGACAUUUUCUUCGUCGUCUUCUUUUUCUUCGUCACUUUCUUCGACCAUUACCUCAUCACCAACAUUAUCAUUGAACACAAGCACACCGGAAUCUACAUCGACAUCGACAUCAAACACAGGUCUAUCCACUGCAGCAAAAGCUGGCAUCGGAAUUGGCACCUCCAUUGGCAUUAUUCUUAUUCUUUUCGGCAUGGCCUACCUCAUAUAUCGUCGCAAAAAACGUAUCGCUUCGACAGCAACGAAACAUAAUCAUAUGUCAAGUUAUCCGAAGCCGUUGCCAAAUCCGAAUAUAUACGAGCAAGGUGAAUUAGAGGACACUCAACGCAGGUUAUAUCCGCAUGAAUUGGACUCGAAAAAUAUGUCUACGUUGGCGGAGCUUAGUUCGGAGUCGAGGUUUAUUUAG